AUGGCGUUCAGUACACCGCCCUUUAUCCACCUGGGUAUCGAUGUCAGGACCGGCAAGUCCUAUCACAUCUGCUCACGAAAGUCCCUGCUGUCCUUCGGAGCGAUCCUGUUGCUGCUUCUGGCGAUGUCCUCUGAGAGGUUCCUGUUCAAGGUCAUGGUGGACCGCAUGGAGUCGUACAGAUACUUCCUCUGUCAGCUCAUGACAUUUCUGUACAUUCCUCCGAUGUUCUGCAUUGUCAGCUACAAGGCGACGCACGAGGAUAUUUUGGAGGAAGAUGGGAUGGAGUUCCCAAAAUUUCACUUUUUCGUGAUGGGGUUGCUGGAUCUCCUUCACGGUCUGAUGCUGUUUAUUGCCGGCGGCCGAACAGACCCGACGCAGACGCUGUUAUUCAUGCAAGCGUCCAUCCCAGUGUCAGCCUGUAUGUCGACAGCGUUCUUCGGUGUCAGAUACACAAGAGCCCAAGUCGUAGGCAUGCUAAUUAUCACGGGCGGACUCAUUCUUUCGUUAAUUCCCUGUAUUGAAGACAAAGAGUUCGAAGACCGGGAGAUUGGCUGGAACAGUCUGUUCUACCUUCUUGCAGCCAUUCCAGGCUCACUGUCAAUGCUGUACAAAGAACGCGUGAUUCGUGACCAGCCCGUGGACAUGUCGUACUUGAACGCCUGGGUCUCAGUCAACCAGUUUAUUGCUGGAUUGCUAGCAGCUCCGCUUAUCUUUGAUGCUGAGUUUCUCCAUCUCGACCAGAAAACCAGCGGGUUAAUGUGUCUGAUACAAGGCGAGAGCGAGGUGUCCACGGAUCACUGUUACCUGGGACUACCGAUCUUACUACUCUACGUGCUCAGUAACAUCGUCGUGAACCUUCUGCUGCUCCAGUUGAUCCGACUUACGAGUGUUUCAACCAUGUAUGGAUGCACGCUGGUGGGCUUUUUGACGUCGUUUAUCGUCCUCGCGUGGUACCAAGUAGACCCCGACAAUUUUGGCAUCAUCAACCUUCACGAUGGUCUACGCAACUGGAUCCCUCCGUCAGUGUACGUAGACGUGUUUGCGUUCCUGACCAUCUUCGCUGGCAAAGUACUGUAUCAAUGGGAUCCGGAUCCAGAAGUGCAAGCCACAACUUUAUCCGCAGAAGACAAAGAAGCCAUGUCACUACUCGACGGAGAAGACGACUACGGACUGCGGUACACGUAA